CCAUCAAUGCCCUCCCGUCGCAGUCACACAAAGUCCAGGAAGGGGUGCUUGGAGUGUAAAAGGAGACAUGUGAAGUGCGACGAAGGCGUUCCAAAAUGCAGCUUAUGCAGAAAGCGAAGAUUGGAGUGCAGCUAUCCUGCCCCAAAUGAGGAUGUGGAUAGCCCUCACAAUUCUUCUAUUACCCAGGAUGAAUCAGAAAGCGGCACUGGGACGCCGGCUGGGGUGCUGCCGCAAGCAACACGCAUGCUCGAGACGAGAUUGUUCCACCAGUAUAUGACAUCAACGUAUCAUACUCUGUCGCAGGAUGGACUUUCCGCAAAUCACCUUUCUAUGAACAUUCCCCUUAUGGCCACCUCAUGCUCUUACCUGCUCGAUGGCAUCUAUGCAUUGUCGGCUCUACACCUCGCCUCCAUCGAGACAGAAAACCGGGUCUCAUGGCUGGAUGCCGCCCUGAGAUACCAAAGCCAGGCAUGUUCUGGAUUAGGCAAGGUACUCCCAGGUAUAACGGCUCCGGAUUAUGAGCCAGCAUUCGUCACAUCGAUCUUUAUCAUGCUAUUCGCCAUGGGGUAUCGAGUGAUAUCUAUUGACAGUCAACCCCCCGACCCGCUUUCGGCGGUUCGCGAAGUUCGCACACUGAUAUCCGGCCCGGCCAUGCUGUUCGACCGAAUAGUCGAAGGCGGAUUUCAUGCCAAGUUGGAUGGCUGGAUGCACGUCCCUGACACAAAAGAAAGCCUCCAGGCUGGGGUACAUAGUCAGGGUGGCAAACCAGUAGAAGACACGGACUCGAAGAAAGGAACCGAUCAACCAGCUUACCAAAUCACAUGGCAGCAGCUGUACCAGGCGAUCGAGCCGUGGCCGAAGAUUGGCCCGCAAGGCGGCCCCCUUGCAUGGCCAUUAUUCCUUUCAGAUGAAUUCUUUUCACUCAUUCAGAACGGCGACUGGAUCGCUCGCAUUCUGUUCUUGCACUAUGGUAUCGCUAUGCGUCUUUUGUGCCAUCGAUGGUACGUGCGUGACUGGGGUCGUCGGCUUGUAUUGGCCACUUUGGAACCGCUGGACGAGAUUCCACAGGAAUGGGAGGAGACUAUAUCUUGGAUUAGACAAGCUGCUGAAAGAGAAGACUAG